GCCGAGUUCCUCCUUCCCCAACACCGUUCACGAUGAGCAACGCCUGGCGUAGCGUCUUUUCAUUCAACAAGUACAGCGAAAUAGCUGCUCGCGCCCUCCGCGCUUCCUUGAAGGAAGACCAACGUGUGCUCGCCGAAAAACGGGGGCUUACAUCCUUGAAAUACCAGAAGUGGGAGAAUGGCCAGGGUGGUCAGCAGGUGCUCUUGAAUCCUGAACCUGAGACGAAGUAAGCUCGGGUAGGAGCUAGACGUAGCAAAUUUGACAAAAAUUGAACUUUCGCUUUCAUCUCUCUGCCCAGUCCUUAAACGCGAACCCUCAAAUGAUUUUGAUUGUCAAGACUGAAAUUACAUUUC